AUGGUUGAAACCGUUGACAUUACCUCGCUUAACGCUGUGGCCGCGGGUACCAACAAGGCGACCCCCCGUAUCGUCGCUCUGGGGUUCGGGGGUAGAUUGAUGGGUACUUCCGACAUGGUCAAGGUGACUGCCGAGGAAAUCACUCAAACCAACGAAAUGGACAUCAAGAAUAAGGCUGGGUCGCAAUACUCUAAGGUGGUUCACCCUUCGGAGAAGCCCUGGUCGAUGUCCACCUUUGUGGAAAAGAUCAAUUGGUUGAACAUGAUUUUGGUUGCGGCAAUCCCCCUUUACGGUUUUGUUGAGUUGUUCCGCAUUCACUGGGAUCCCCGCACUGUGGUCCUUGGGUUCAUCCUUUACGUGUUCCUGGGUUUGUCGAUCACUGCCGGUUACCACCGGUUGUACGCUCACAAGGCUUACGAUGCCGCUCUCCCCGUGAGAAUGUUCUUUGCCUUCUUCGGUGCUGGUGCCAUUGAAGGGUCUAUCAAGUGGUGGGGCCACUCGCACCGGGUGCACCACCGUUACACUGACACUGCCCGUGACCCUUACGAUGCUCGUCAAGGUUUCUGGUACUCCCACAUGGGUUGGAUGUUGACCAAGCCUAACCCCAAGAACAAGGCUCGUGCCGACAUUUCUGACAUGAUGGCCGACCCUGUUGUUGUUUUCCAACACAAGCACUACAUGUACUUGAUGUUGUUUUCUGCCUUCAUCUUGCCUACCAUCAUUGCUGGCUUGGGCUGGGGUGAUUGGUACGGUGGUUUCAUCAUCGCUGGUGUGUUGAAGUCGUGCAUCAUCCAACAAGUGACUUUCUGUGUCAACUCGUUGGCCCACUGGAUUGGUGUGCAACCGUUCGACGACCGUCGUUCGCCCAGAGACCACGUGCUCACUGCUUUGGUUACUUUUGGUGAAGGUUACCACAACUUCCACCAUGAGUUCCCUUCGGACUACAGAAACGCUCUCAAGUGGUACCAAUACGACCCGACUAAGGUUGUCAUCUGGACGUUGUCGAAGGUUGGUCUUGCCUACAAUUUGAAGAUGUUCUCUCAAAACGCCAUUGAACAAGGUUUGGUUCAACAACAACAAAAGAAGUUGGACCGCAUGAAGGCUAAGUUGAACUGGGGUGCCACCGUUGACGAGUUGCCCGUGUGGACUCGUGACGAGUUUGACGCUCGCGCCAAGGACGAAGGUCUUUUGAUUAUUGGUGGUAUCAUUCACAAGGUCGGUCCUUUCAUUAACGAACACCCUGGUGGGAAGGCGUUGAUCAAGGCCACCAUCGGUAAGGAUGCCACUAAGGCCUUCUCGGGUGGUGUUUACUACCACUCCAACGCCGCUCACAACUUGUUGAAGUCAAUGAGAGUGGCUGUGAUCAAGGACGCCGAGGUGACCUCGAACACUUUUGAUGCCCAAAACUUCUUGGAACAAAAGGAGAAGGCAAACGCGACCAACUAA